UAGUGUUUUAUUAUGUUUAGAAUAUUUACAAUUAGAAUAAGCACAUUCUAUUAAGCAUGUUUCGAGUCUACUGAAUGAGAAAAGUUGUAGUCAAUAUGCAAUGCAAUCGAACCACAAUAAUGAUAUUUAUAUGCGUAUAUUUAUUUAAUAAUCCGUUAUUUGAUAUUGGUAUAUCCUCUUCUUUUAUUAUACCCAGAUUCAGUCAUAAAAACUGAACUAUCAAAAUCAAGGUAGUGUAAGGAAACUUCUUUAUUUCACGACUGGACUUUUUCCUUUGCUUGUCGAGGCACUAAACACUGUUAUUUGUGCUGUCGAAAGUGACUUCCCGAAGUGUGGUUUUUCCAAGUUGAGUUCUAUACAAGAGAGUAUAUGGGUAUAUUAUAUUUCUAUUUGAAUACGCUAGUCUAAUGCAUUUAUACCAGUUGCUUGUUCGAUUCCAACACUCAUAGAUCUGGCUUGAUUAACAAUAUUUAAGCUCUAAUAUUACAGUAAAUUCAUUUGCAUUUAAAAAUCAUUCAUUUCACAAAGGCAUGUUUUAGCUUAUAAUUCACCAGAAGAGUGAGGCAGCAGCAAAGGGGGCAACAUAGUGAGGUGCCGCCAAUGGUGUGGGCAAAGCAGCAGUGGCAGCAUAACGGGCCACCAAGGGGACAGCUACUGGGGCGGCAGCAAUAAUCGGCGCAGCGGCGAUGCCAUUGUAUUUGCGAACGAUCACCUGGCUGCUUGUGGCAGUCACCACUGCGAUUGGAGCGACCUGGAGACUUGCUUCGGCAGCAGUGCAGGCGAUGAGGGCAAAGAGAGCAAAGGCCUAAAAUGAAUUGGAAUAUAAUUGUAGGAAUGGAAAGAAAUAACGAUAUGACAGUAUUUCAUUAAUUGCUUACGAGUUUAAACAUUUUAUUUCGUUCGGUUGAAUUAGGUGGUUGCUUAAUGGAAAUGAAAUUCUGGUUUAGGCAAUAUUUGCAAUUCACUUCGACUUUUAUACAUACAAAUUUAUGCCAAGCUGAUUUUUGUACAGACAAAUGUUAUUGUUUGCGGUAACUUUUAAUUACUCAUCAAAUUUCAACAGGACUAAACACAAAACCAAAACAAAGUUGUAAAAAAUCGAGUCACAAACUCGGCGGGCGUGCCUCGGCGCUUCGCACCUGCGCAUAACAAGUUUUCGGGUUAUUUACAAUGGAUUGCGUGUGUGCAUUUUAAUUUAGUUCAAAAAUAUAAAUCAAAACCCGAACAACGAACAACGAACUACAAGGAAAAAUACAAAUGUGACAUUGAAUUGCAAUGAAGAUUGUCCAAAUAAUUGUGUGGUCAAAUUCAGUGGCAUUUUUACUUUAACAAGCAAUUUAUAAUUGUAUUGCAUUAUUUGAAGGGCAACUGUGUUGAACUUGAAAAAUAGGGAAAACAAAAACAGCGGUUUUUCGCAAAGUUGAUUGCUUUGCUUUUGGAUAUAAAAAUUGUGCACAGUAUACAAAAUGACAUCAGACAGCUUUCAACUAAAGUUCAAGACGCAGCUCAGCUCAGCCAAGGCAUAUACUCAAAGUAUUUACGCCAAAGCAUCAUUUGGCUAACAUCAUGUCUUACUUAAUUGCCCAUGUUCAUAUGUUCAUUCUCUUCCUUUCUAAACAGGCCGUUGUUCUUUUCGCUCUCAUCGCCUGUGCCGCCGCCAAAUCCGGUCUCCUUACUGCCGCUCCAUUGGCUUAUACCGCUCCCGCCGGUGUUGUUGCCGCCGCUGUCCCAGUGGUGACCGCCACCAGCAGUCAGGUGAUCGCUCGCAAUUACAAUGGCAUCGCCGCUGCGCCGAUUAUUGCUGCCGCCCCAGUAGCUGCCCCCUUGGUGGCCCAUUACGCUGCCGCCGCGCCGUUGCCUGCUCCAUUGGGCGGUGCUCCACUCGUCGCCCGCUAUGCUCCAAGGCAUAUACUCAAAGUAUUUACGCCAAAGCAUCAUUUGGCUAACAUCAUGUCUUACUUAAUUGCCCAUGUUCAUAUGUUCAUUCUCUUCCUUUCUAAACAGGCCGUUGUUCUUUUCGCUCUCAUCGCCUGUGCCGCCGCCAAAUCCGGUCUCCUUACUGCCGCUCCAUUGGCUUAUACCGCUCCCGCCGGUGUUGUUGCCGCCGCUGUCCCAGUGGUGACCGCCACCAGCAGUCAGGUGAUCGCUCGCAAUUACAAUGGCAUCGCCGCUGCGCCGAUUAUUGCUGCCGCCCCAGUAGCUGCCCCCUUGGUGGCCCAUUACGCUGCCGCCGCGCCGUUGCCUGCUCCAUUGGGCGGUGCUCCACUCGUCGCCCGCUAUGCUGCUGCUCCUUUAGCUGCACCGCUUUUGUGGUAAGAAUAGAGUAAUGAAUAUAACAAAAGACUGACAUGUUUACCGUUGUAAAAUAAAUGCUAUAUAUAUUC